CACAGAUGGAGUGAGUCAGGCCAAGCUGCUCAACCUGUUGAGUGUUUUGUCUUUUGCUAACCGGAGCACAAGCUUAGGAACAAAAGUAGGAAGUGAGAUUUGGACUUGUCUGUUUAUAAUGGGUUUGCUGAGAGCAUGUUUUAUAACUCGAUGGAUGCAUCUGACUUCCUAAUUCAUUGGUGGGCUUAAUUUACGUAACAAAUGAGUGUUCCUUUUUUUUUUUUUUAUACUUUUGAAAGAGGAAAUCAGUAGGCUGCUGCCAAGUAGCUUGCCUCACCUACUCUGUAGGGAGUGCAAUGAUCAUUUAGGACGGCUGGUCACUGUGGAAUAUCCCUAACAACAAAGGGUCUUCAACAUUUGUGUCCAGGCCCAUGUUGAUAGUCAGGAUAAACCAGAAGGUUAAACCGCUCAGGAGAUGUGUGGAGGCACAACGGAGACUGCAAACCAGCCAAGGGGCUGGCAAGAUUCAGCCAGAUGUGUGAGUGACUCUGUUUCUGGUGCUGGGAGAACUUACAAGACACUUUUAUGCACAAAGAUUCGAAAAUGUGCCAGGGUAGGAAGGGGCACCGAUCACACGGAACUCGACAACAGUUGGUCAUGUUCGGAGUUUGACCUGAAUGAGAUUCGCCUGAUAGUUUACCAGGACUGUGAAAGGAGAGGCCGACAAGUCUUGUUUGAUUCUAAAGCUGUUCACAAGAUUGAGGAGGUGGCAACUCAGAAAGCAGAGGAUGUCCCUGUUAAAGUGUCAGCCAAGUGCUGUCAAGGAAGCAGCAGUGGCAGCAUCUCCUCUUCCCAUGGUUCUUCUGGGGGAUCUUUACAACACGCUAAGGAGCAGCUUCCAAAGUACCAGUACACAAGACCAGCUUCUGAUGUCAACAUGCUAGGGGAAAUGAUGUUUGGCUCAGUUGCAAUGAGUUACAAAGGCUCCACCUUAAAGAUACACUAUAUACGGUCUCCUCCACAACUGAUGAUUAGUAAAGUCUUCUCUGCUAGAAUGGGCAGCUUCUGUGGGAGUACAAAUAACUUGCAGGACAGCUUUGAAUACAUCAAUCAAGAUCCUAAUUUGGGCAAACUGAACACAAAUCAGAAUAAUUUGGGUCCUUGUCGUACUGGAAGUAACCUAGGUCUGCUGCAAGCAUGCAGCAGCAAACUGCUGCAGGGGGUAGCUGAAGGAGGACCUCUCCGGCUCACCCGGAGUGCUUCUUUCUUUGCAGCACAUAGCACUCCAGUUGACAUGCCAAGCAGAGGACAGAAUGAAGACAGGGACAGUGGCAUUGCUCGAUCAGCCUCACUAAGCAGCCUUUUGAUUACACCUUUUCCAUCUCCAAGCUCGUCUACAUCCUCUUCCAGCAGUUACCAGCGCCGCUGGCUUCGAAGUCAGACAACAAGUUUGGAAAAUGGCAUCAUUCCAAGGAGGUCAACUGAUGAGACAUUCAGCCUGGCUGAAGAAACCUGUAGUUCUAAUCCGGCCAUGGUUCGGAGGAAGAAAAUUGCCAUAAGCAUCAUCUUUUCCCUGUGUGAGAAAGAAGAGGCACAAAGGAAUUUCCAGGACUUCUUUUUUUCUCAUUUCCCCCUGUUUGAAUCUCACAUGAACAGGCUGAAGAGUGCAAUUGAAAAGGCCAUGAUCUCCUGUAGGAAGAUUGCAGAAUCAAGUCUCCGUGUCCAGUUUUAUGUCAGCCGUCUGAUGGAAGCUCUGGGAGAGUUCAGAGGGACUAUCUGGAACUUAUAUUCUGUUCCAAGGAUAGCUGAACCCGUAUGGCUUACCAUGACGUCCAGCACUUUGGAAAAAACCCAGCUCUGCCAGCGCUUUCUCAAGGAGUUUACACUUCUGAUAGAACAGAUCAACAAAAACCAGUUUUUUGCUGCCUUACUGACUGCAGUGUUAACCUACCACCUGGCCUGGGUACCGACUGUCAUGCCUGUGGAUCACCCUCCCAUUAAAGCCUUCUCAGAGAAACGUACCUCUCAGUCGGUGAACACGCUGGCCAAAACACAUCCAUAUAAUCCUCUCUGGGCACAGCUGGGUGACCUUUACGGAGCCAUCGGCUCUCCAGUGAGGCUGACUCGCACCGUGGUGGUGGGGAAGCAGAAGGAUUUGGUCCAGCGCAUACUUUAUGUCCUGACCUACUUUCUCCGUUGCUCUGAGCUGCAAGAGAACCAGCUGACCUGGAGUGGGAAUCACGGGGAAGGUGACCAAGUGAUAAACGGGAGCAGCAUCACCACAGCCUUGGAGAGGGGCGAGGUGGAGGAGUCGGAGUACGUGGUAGUUACGGUGAGAAGUGAGCCUGCUCUCCUUCCCCCCAUCCUACCACCAACGAAGACAGCUGAGGGAAGGAGCCCCGGGACUGAGGGGUUGGCUGGGAACCCAGAGGGCAUGGACGUUAGAGACCUGUCCCCCAAACCUGACAAAGAAGGAAACAAGAGUUCUGAGGCCAGCAGCAUGGGAUACCAAGAGGCAGCCCUGGACAGCUCUUGGAAAACUCAGGACACAUUUUGUGGGGAUGAAGAAAGUGAAAAAGAGGCACCACGAGAUGGCUCUUCAAGAUUCUCCAGCUGCGAAGGUUUAGGGGCAGGACUGAAGACUGGGCAACAGACUGGCAGUGAGGAGUUGAAAGGGGAGAUGCCUAAGAAACUACCAGACCGGUCAGCGGCUUGGCCUUGCCCUGACAGACAUUCCCGGGAGAAGCCUCCCUUAGAAAAGGUCACCUUCCAAAUUGGAAGCUCCGUAUCUCCAGAGUCUGACUUUGAAAGCCGUACAAAAAAAAUGGAGGAGCGGCUAAAGGCCUGUAGACAAUAUCCAGAGUCAGCGAGUCAUCUCUCUGCUGAGCCCAGGGUGGCUGCUGACGGGGCUCAGGACCAGCAGGUUUCUAGGUGCUCCUUCACGCCUGGCUUCCAAAAGAAUGUCUGCCAUCCUCAGAAUCAAUCUUCUGACGGAGAUGAGGGUAAAUUUGACAGGGGUUUGGCUGAGGACAGAGGCAUCAGAACCGACAUUGCAGCAGAUGCUGCUGGGCAGCUCAACCAGUGUGUGGACUCGUUAUCACCUAAUGAUGGUAUGGCAGGAGCUGGACAGAGAACGCUGGAGAAAACGAGAGGUUUGUAUGUGAAGGUUGCAGAAGGACCUUUGAUAGAGCCUGUUCCAAGCAGGUGUGUACAGCAGGACUCUGGCUUCUCGGUCACUGCAGAUGUCCCCUGUGGGGAUGCCAACAGGAAGGCAGACUUCAGGGUUGAAGGAGACAUUCCCAGAAACGAAAGCUCAGAUAGCGCUCUUGGAGAGAGUGACGACGAAGCAUGUGCUUUAGCUGCGCUGAAUCUAGGUCACAGCAGUGACCGGACUGAAGGGUCCCUGGAAGUGGAGCUGCCUCUGCCAAGGUCUCAGAGCAUCAGCAACCCGAAUGUAAGAAACUUCGGCCGCUCACUUCUGGCGGGUUAUUGCCCCACGUACAUGCCUGAUCUGGUGCUUCAUGGGACCAGCAGUGAUGAAAGGCUGAAGCAGUGCCUGGUGGCCGAUCUGGUCCACACAGUCCAUCAUCCAGUGCUUGAUGAGCCAAUAGCUGAAGCUGUCUGUAUUAUCGCAGACACGGAUAAGUGGAGUGUCCAGGUAGCCACGAGUCAGAGGAAAGUGAUGGACAACAUGAAACUAGGCCAGGAUGUCUUGGUCUCUAGUCAGGUGUCCAGUUUACUUCAAUCCAUUUUACAGCUUUACAAGCUUCACCUCCCUGCUGAUUUUUGCAUCAUGCAUCUUGAAGAUAGACUACAGGAGAUGUACCUGAAAAGUAAGAUGCUGUCUGAAUAUCUUCGUGGACACACACGAGUCCAUGUGAAAGAAUUAGGUGUCGUACUGGGGAUUGAAUCGAACGACCUGCCUCUGUUGACUGCUAUUGCCAGUACUCAUUCUCCUUACGUCGCUCAAAUACUCUUAUAAGCUAAAGCUCAGGACAGUUCUUCCUUGGAAGAAAAAAAAAAUCAGAUUCUCAACUGAAGAAGAAUAAGCUCUCUGUGAUGUCAAAAGCAUAAGAAGAGCAAACAGAAACAGUCAUUCCACCUGUUUGUUUUGUUUUGUUUUGUUGCUUUCAAGUGGAUGCUUCAUUGGAAGACUUAGGUUUACUUGACAUAAUGGCAUUUGUGUUUUUCAUGAACACUUUAGUAGGCCUUUCGUCACCCAUGAAUCAACAGAGAGAGUGACCUUUUUGGUAGGAGGAAACGUAAGCACUACACUGAACACUAAGCUGUUGGUACAGAUUGCCUUGUGUGUUUGGGCAGCAUAGUGACUUGGGAGCAGGGGGUAAACAGUGUGUCUACCAUUCCAGUAGGAAAAUGUUUCAGAGUGUAAGCAUGAGCUCUCCAAACUGGGGGAAGCAUAUUUUGCUAUUUUAAGAAGACAGGCAGAACAAGGCCUCUGGAUUCCAGGUCAGAGUUUGCUUUUUACAAAAGGUAAAAUAAAGGAAGCCACAUUGUGCCAUCUUCAGCUCUGGUGGCUGUAGGAGUUACUGUCUGACGUGAAGUGUGAAAGAGGAUUGACCGUUGGGAAGAGAGUUCUUUAGGAUCCACUGUUUUCACGUCUUCUUGGAGUUUACCUUGUUUCACAUGCAGCCACAGGUCGGUUUGAGACAGAUUGUUGGUGCAAUAAACCCAAGGAUCAAUGUAGCAUCUUAAUCCCAUCAAGAUGUAGUUUGUAGCAGCGAAGUGCAUAGUCUGAUACCAUGUUUUAUCCUGAUACUUUAGAGCUUUCAGCAGCCUUUUUAAGAGGCCAUUUACCAAAGUUAUUUCUAUAAGCUCAAGAGUGUUUCUGUUGCUCAAUUCUUCCAGCCGAAGCUACUUUCUUCCUGUAAUAGUUAAUACAAAUGACUAUUUAUACUUUAAAAGGCACAGCUGUCCUGGUGGGAAAUGAAACCUGCAACAGUUCAAGAUAACUAAUGAAAGUAAUUAGUUUGAACAUUUAUAAACAAUCCGUAUAUGAUCUAAAUUUUUACAUUAUCAUCUCUGUGCCUUCUAAUCCCUAUGCCCUUUUCAAAACACCUUUAUAGAAAUUAACUCACCCACUAUAAAACCUGCCAAAAUGAAGAAUUGUUUAUUAGCAUAGUUCAUUUUUUAAAAAAACUUAAGUUUCUGUUAAUAUAAAAGAAACUUUACUUAGUCCUGACCAUGAACUAUGACCAUGUCAGACUGUGUACUGACAUCCAGGUAAAGGAAGAGACUUUAAAAAAGUAGAUCAUUAAAAGGAGCUAAUGUAAUAAAGCAAAACAUCGUUAGCACCUUGCAGAUCUUGAGUACAGUUAAUUAUAACCAGGCUCUGAUCUCCUUUCAUUGUUAUGAAUUAAUUCCAGUCCCUUCUAUGUAUCCUUUGUACCUAGGAAUAUGAAGUCACGUUCCUUUUGGGGGUUAGAAUGACUUCAAAUUUUCUAUUUGAUGAAAUCCUUAUCCUAAACAACAGGUUACAUAAGUUUGUCUCUUUAUUCUUUUACAAGUUAAUGAUUUGUUUCAAAGAAUACAGCAGCAGUACCAAUGCAGAAAAAUAAGUCUAUCAUUUCUUAGGAAUAAUUCUUAGGAAUAGGUCAGAACUGCUACCUUCCCCCUCUCUUUUUUUAUGAUGUGAAAUGUAGAUGGGUGCAUUAAGGCUCUUAAGAUCUUUAAUUUUUAUUUUAUAUCUUUCUUUCAUAAAACUGAAGUUUUCCAUUCUUUUUAUGUUUUUCUAUUUCCUUUUGUCUAACAUCUGAGUUUGGUGUUUUAAAUUCUCUAGUUCCAUGGCAUCAUUGCCUGUUGUUAUGUUACACAAAGAGAAUGAACCUCACCUGUGGCUCAGCUCACUCAUCAAUUGUUUUUCAUUAUGUGUGAAUAAAUUGUAAUAGCUGAUGUUACAUCAUUUCCAUCUGCACCAGUUUAAAGCAUUUCCCUCAUCUCUAGUUCUCUUUUCCUUGUUUACACGUUUUGGGCACUUUCCCUCAUUCACCACCUUCCAGGGUUUCAUAGGAAAUAACUAGAUGCAAAAUCAGUUCCAUUCUAAUGUGUACAUAGUGGCAUGGUGAAAAUUAGGCCCAUAUAGGGGGAAAUUGAGCUUUAAAUGGCUGAUUCUAAACUCCAUACAUAAAAGAUUUAGCCCAGCCCCCUCAAAGCCUGAGAAGAUUUAAUUGGCCUCUUAAUCUCCUGUUCCAACACUCUCUCUUGGAAAAAUGUCUGUUGGAAAACUACAGGUGGGUCACAAGUGGGGGUUGUCUCGGUGAUGCUCAGGAUUCCAGUCAGGACCUAAUCCUCACGUCUGUUGCCCGCAAAAACAGUCCAAGAAUGUUGCUGCUCUUUUAUAAUCCUUCUUUAAAUAACAUUCAAGUUUUGUUUGUCUUAAAUUCAACCUCUUCCCAAAAGUGGAAAAGAAAGAAAUCUCAUGGAGCUGUGUCGAGAUACCCCACUCACACACCAUACACCACCCAGUGGCUUCAUUCUGUGUUAGCUGCAGAGGCAAGAAGGGGAUCCUGCCCUCUCCCAUGCCCACCUCAAGAAAAAAAUAAAAAUUAAAAAAAAAAAAGAAAACUACCUCAGUUGACAGGAUUCCACCUUUAGGGUUUCUUCAACUUUUAAGUCUUACCUGUUGAGUGUAACUUUUGUAGCAUCUUGCUUUGUUAAGCAAGCUAGUGAGGCAUGACAGAGCAGAAAUGUGUAAAUGUUACUGUGAUGGACCUCUUUCUAGCAUGUUGCAGUUUUAUUUUUAAUAGAUUGAUGAGUGAUAUGAAUGUAAAGAUAAUUGUGUACGUUUAAACAUGACAAUGAAAAUUUAAAAUGUAGCUUCCAUACUUGUGCAUAAUUCCAAAGUAUUUUAUUUUUAUCAGUGUUAAAUAGCUUUUUGUACAGGCUUCAAUCCAUUUUUCUGAAGUGUGCUGUUUUUUAAUGAAAGUAACUAUAAUCUUUUCACAUCCCAUGGAACUGCCGUUUACACAUCGCAACUUUUUAAACUUACCAUAUUUUUCAAAAUUAACUUUUUUGGAGGGAGGAAAAUCCCUGCUUGCUAAAUGAUACUAAACUGUUGUUUAGGCUCUUCUAAUUAGGUCCUGAGAUUUUAUAAAAAUUUAGUCUGUAGCUUUUUAGGUUCUUCACUAGAGUUGGUUGUACAUAAAAAUAAAGAAUAUGAAGUGACCCCAAAAAUCUUUUCAAUGUCUGGAUUUUUCCACUAAAAUGUACUUUUGAAAGUAUUUUGUUCAUGCAUACUUUCACCAUUAAAUUGAAAAAGUCUUUAGCUUCUCUUGUAAAUGUGAAACAUUUGUUUUUUAUUGUGCUUUGGCAGAGGGGGAUAUUUUAAUAUAAUAUUUGCCUAAAUCAAGCAGCCCCCUCUGAAUGUUCAUUUUUAAAUGUCAAAAUUUGGUGAACCAUAUAUCUUGGAAGCAAGAUUGCAAUAUGCUUAAAUUUAAGUGGUGUUUAAAAAAGGAGAAAAUCUGGGAAUUGUUAUUAUUGAAGCUCCAUUAAGACAAAUUAAUAGGACUUUAUAUUUUUGAUCAGUUUAAAUAGGUAUUAAUGUCAAUGUAUGGAAAAUUUUUCUUAAAACUUGUUCAUGUAUUAUUUUGAUCCAUUUUUCUGUGGCAUUUGGUGCAAUAAACCUUUUGAAUUUAUCUUGAACA